CCGGCGUGUGUUUCCAAGUGGAGUGUCUUAACAACACCUCCUUCUUUAGAAGAACAUACCGAGUUUCUAUGGGUCCUAAUAUGCAAGUUCAUCAUGUGCCCCUCCUCUGGCACUCCUACCAAGGAAUAUUGGAAACUUGCAAGUAAUUUAGCCAACGGGACUUUUGUGGCUUUGGGGCCUGUGUUGUUAGGCGCCCUCUACUAUGCUUUUGAGCAGUCUGUUACUACUCACCUCUUGGCCAAGUUAGAUGGUCAUGUGUGGUUGUUACAGUUGUGGAUUUUUACCUACUUCCCAGAGCUAAUGGGUGUAGGGGUAGGUACCUUGUGCACUCCUGUUGUGGAUCUUUUGGCAGUCAAGUGUUGUUUUGAGGAGACCGCCGUCUUUGAUUUUCUUUUUGAACGCACAGCUAGGGAAACCUCGGCUUUGUCCGUUUUUGAUCAUCACUCAUAUAUUCCUCAGUGGAUGGACAUUUUCUCAGGGAAGCCAGGUACACUCCUCCUUAUCAAAAGAAAGCUCUUUUGUGCCUUUACUACCUCUAGGAUGUUAUUUUUAGGAGGGUCUCAGGCCUUCUCUACUCGUGCUUCUAGCCAACAUUGUGUGUCAAAGUUGUACAUGAGUAGCCUUUGGGGUAGGCAGUUUGGGCUUAACCUUUCUCAAAUUCAUCCUUACCUUGAACAACAUGAUGGUGAGUGGACAAGAUCUACUGUAUAGCAGCUUGUCAAGGUAUAUGGUUAUUAUCGUUGUCCUGUGGUAGAGAAUUUGAUUCCAUAUGACUUUGCCUCUUGGUGGGACGAGCGGUUUCAACUCAUUCUGUCCAAAAACGCAGGGAAAGAAGCAAGGCUGCUAGUUCAACCUCCUCAAAAGCCUACUCCAGUGAGCAAGCCUAAGAAACAGGCUAAGAAAAAGAAUCGCAACACCUCUUCAGAGUCAUCUUUUGAGAAGACGGAAUUGCCUAAGACACAAACUAAAAGGAAGAGUCGUGACACUUCUUCGGAUUCGUCUUUUGAGAGGACAGAAUUGCCUAAGACUAGGCAGUCGGGGAGACUCCUCAAAGUAGCCAAAAAACAACAUGCUGGACCUCCUGAGACUGUGGUCUUGGAAGAUGAUUCUGAGGAUGAUCAACUUCUGGACCUACUUCACGAAGCCGCUCAUACAGAAGAAACAACGCUAGAUGUUGAUUCUGAGGCGGCCAUGGAUAGAGAGGAUGAUGGAGUCCUUGACGCACAAGGUAUGGAGCAUUCAGGGGAGCAAUGCUCCAAGUCAGCCUCCGAGUCAACUUCUAAAGGCUCCAAGUCAGUCUCUGAGCCAACUUCUAAAGGCUCCAAGUCAGAGUCUGCUUCUAAAAGUUCUAGGUCAGCCUCUGAGCCAACUUCUAAAGGCUCCAAGUCAGCUUCUGAGUCUGUCUCCAAAGGCUCCAAGUCAGCCUCUGAAAAAGAUUCGGCUACCUCCACUGAAUCCAAGGAACCUUUAUCGCAAAUUAAGAAACUUUCUUCGAUAAUAGCAGAAGACCAAGACCUGGUAGAUUUAAGCUUCUUGGACGAGAUGAGCACCCCGGAAGCUAGUGUUUCUUUUGUCCCUUUGCCGGCUGACGUCGAGAGAGCUGUUUCUUUAGUCAAGCAUGUCCUCGGCCAGCACAUUUCUAUUGUUACAGAUUCCCAGAGAGAAGAUCUCAUUUCCUCUCUCCAUAUUCUACGCCUUGUUCCUGACUCCGUUGUCACUGAUGAAGUAGAGAAAGAUAUUCUGGGUUCGCUCAACUUGUGGAGGUCUUGUGUUGAGAUCGAGUCAAAUGACCUCCCCAAGUUGAAAUCUUCGAAAGCAGAUAACGCCAGGUAUUUAUCUUUGGGAUCUAAAAGGCAAGAAGUAGCUCAAAAACUACGAGACCUAGAAGCUAGUGGUGAGGCCUUUGAAAAGGAGAUUGAACAACUGGAAACUGCUAUUCUAGCUUUAAAGAGUAAGCAGCUUGAUCUUGUGGUGGAAGGCAAACUUCUAGCCGAGGAAUAUCAAGGAAUCAACUCUCAACUCCAGCCUCUUCAUACUACCAUUCAAGAGAAGAAAAAUGACAUGGUCUCAUGGGUACAAAAUUGUGCUAAGGCUCGUCAAGACAAAGUUGUUUGCCAAUCGAAGUGGAGAAAGUUGCAAGGCCUUUUCUCAGAUUCUUCACCUACUCCAAUGUUGGCUUCCUCUACCUCCACCAACACCACAGCUCCUUGAUGAUUUUCUUUUAUUUUGUAUAUGAACUGUGUUAUGUAGUUUAGCUUUAGAAUUGGUGACUUUUGUUGAACCAAAAGACUUUGCUUUUGGCUUUUGAAUUUUCUUUUUAUAUAACAGGACACUUUUGCUUA